UGCCAGUCAGUCUGUCGUGCUUCGCUGACGUGGUCAUGUUGUGGAUUUUGCGGAGGACUCGGCUUGCGAGUGCUGCCGUAUUACUCAACACACUUAACAACAACGAUAAUCGUCCGGCCCGGAAGGACUACAAUAAGUUGGCCGGCGAGGAAAAGUCAGAUACGAAGGUCAGAACCGACAACCUGAAUAAUGAACAAGUCUGCAACGAUAAUGAGUGCACGGCAAAUGACACACACGAAUCUGACACGGAUUCUAGUUUCACGGAUUUAGAGAUCGACGACAGGGAUGAUUUUUCUGACGACUCUGAUUAUGAAGAGGCUCUUACAUGCAACGUCUGCGACAGAUCAUUUGCAUGCCCAAAGCAGUUGGCGUCGCAUAAACAGAAAAAGCGGCAUUUUGGAUGUACUGCCUGUGAUAGUUUGUAUCCUUCUUUGAUGGCACUUGAACAUCACAAAGAGGAAUUUGAACACUGGUCAGGGGACGAAGAUGAUAUUUGUACGGAUUCAGAUGAAGACGACGACACCGUCAUCAGUGAAGAAUGUGAACGACUACUCUAAAUAUUAUAGAUGAAUAUAUCAUACCCACCCUAGAACCAUUGAAAUAUAAAUUAAAUUAAUGUAAUAUCUGUAAUUCCUGAAUCUCGGUUGUACCUUUUAUAAUUGUAGAUUUUAUUUUAUAUCAGUGUAAAGUGAAUGUAAAUAUUUUGUUAUCCAAAAUUAAUACUCGAUGUAUAGCUGUAACAUAUCCAAAAAUUAAAAAAAUAAG